AUGGUGCAUAUUCAGCAUAAGGACAUUCAUAUGCCGCUGGACACGAUAAGCAUGCGGUCAUGCCAUCAUCACUAUACCAACCAUCUUGACAUGGAAUUGGUGCACUGGAGGAAUUUCGACACAUAUUCCCAGCCGGACACGAGAUGCACUCUGAAAGGCCUCCUGUGGAAUAUCUUCCUGGCAGGCAUGGAGAAGGUAACUCUACUCCAGUGGGACAUUCGUAUCCUGCAGGGCAAAGAGAACAUGUGCUGUGACCCUGUAGCGAGAACGUUCCUGGUUGACAUGGGUCAAUCGUGCUGGAAUUCUUCUGCGGACAGGCGAAACCCAAAGGGCAAGCGGCGCAAAAUGUAG